UGAUCCGGCAACCGGUCGGCUUUCUGCAUUCAUAUCGCAAACCAGUUUUAUUCUGCAUACUAAUAACCCUCGAACAAAACUUUCUCUUCUGCAUUUUACACUCCAACCGUCGGCUUCUGUGUUCUUCGAUUUUUUUUCGAUCGGUUAACUGUAUUAAAAUAUGGCGCCCAAUCUGGAGGAAUUCCGCGAAGCGGCCGAUCAGUUCUCCUUGAAGAUUUACCAGAAUAUUAUCCAGGAUAAAGAGAAUGCGGAAAAGAAUGCAUUCCUGUCGCCGUUGAGCAUCCAGAGCGCACUGCUCCUGGCGUAUUUGGGCGCGGAUGGCAGCACGAAACAGGAGAUGGCCAACACGCUGCAUCUGGAGAAAGCCUUCGGCGGCAACGAGCAGCAGCUUUUGGAUGUGUACGGGGAGGUGUUGCGGGUGUUUGUGCCCAGCAAAAAUGACGAUGGUGUGGAGAACUAUCACUUGGCGCUGGCCAAUAAAGCGUACUUGCGGAAGGGAUUGCAUGUGAAAGCCGAUUUCAAAGCCACCAUUAAAGAUAAAUUGAAAAGCGAAGUGGGUGAAACUGAUUUCGAAAACAAUCCGGCUGGCGCCGUCGCCGAGAUCAACCAGUGGGUGGAGAAGCAGACCCACAACAAAAUCCGUGACCUCGUCAGCACGCAGACAGUGACCCCGGACACCGCUUUCGUCCUGGUCAACGCCAUCUACUUCAAGGCGCAGUGGCACAAGGAAUUCGAGGAGCAUGCCACCUACAAGGACGCCGAUUUCACCAAUCUAAACGGGCAGACUUCCAAGGUCGAUCUCAUGCACAAGUCCCUGCAGGCCGGCUACACCGAGACCGAGCACUUCCAGCUGCUGCGUCUGCCCUAUAAAAAUCACGAGCUGUCCAUGAUUAUUGUACUGCCUAAAAAACGUAACGGGUUGAAAGAGUUGGAGGGCCAGUUAAGCGUGCGGAUGCUGCGGGAUGCGGUUGAGAAGGCUUCAGAACGCGAGGUUGAUGUGUAUCUGCCCAAAUUCAAACUGGAGCAAUCGUACGAACUGGUGCCGGUGCUGCAAAGUCUGGGCGUCCGACAGCUGUUCGAGGAAGCCGAUUUGAGCCGGAUGGUGGAAAACGAACGACUGGCCGUGUCCAACGUCAUUCACAAAGCUUUUGUCGAGGUCAACGAGGCCGGGACAGAAGCGGCGGCGGCCACGGCCAUCGUUGCCGUGGACUGCAGUCUAUACGGCCUUUCCCAUCCACCGCCCAUAUUCCGUGCUGACCAUCCCUUUCUCUUCGCCAUCCAGCACCGCCACACCGGCUUACUGGCUUUCCUGGGUCGUGUCGUUGUCUUGUCAAACUAAUCCAUCGUUAUUAACACAGCACACAAUUUUCGCGUUCGGCUUUUGAGCUGCUGCAUGAUGUGCUGAUCAAGUUUUCAGCUUUCUGUCUUUUAUGCUUUCCUUCACCGUUAAUCGAUGACUUCAGCAUUUUAACACAUUUGAAUAGUCGAACAGAACAAUAUAGAACAGAAUGGAAAUGAAUAUACUUUUUUUCAUACGCGACAGAAUUUUGCUCAUUUCCAGAGAGCAUCGUGUUACGAUACUUUUGAUAAAUAAAAA